AUGCACCCUCCGCUGGUCACAAGUCUGAAAUGCACUCUUCAUUCUGUUCUAUAAAGAGAAGUAACAUACUGAAUCUAUGAUUUUUAAUUUUAGGCCCACAAGCAAAUUCGUCUCCUAAGGUAAGUAGUUCUAAAUUUUUUUUUUCUCUAAAUCUUUAAUUUUCAUACUGAUGCCGACUCAACAAAAUUUUAAUAUGCAUUUUACAAAAAUGUGUCAAGCCAUUUAAGCCACAUGUGUUGGCUUUCAAUGAGAGCUUCGGAAGUAUUGGUACCUUCCCUAUAUGCAAAUUAAUCUAGCGAAAGGUAGGAUAUAAUUACAGGCUUAACUUCUUAACUUUGAAACAAAGAGAAUUCAAACCUUAGAAAAUGCAUUCAGUAGUCAGGACACCAUUUCAAGACUUCAUUCCAAAAAUCAGCCAAAUCGAUGAGGUACCCGGUGUCAGGCCAAAGUUCAAAUUUUACAGAAAAUCACUCUUAACACUUAGAUCUACCGUUCCGCAUAGGUUACUGAAUUGGUUUAAGCCUUUAAGCGUAAACAAAGUAUUUUCCCAAGCAGGGACGUCCAAAUCCAUGGAAGUUUAAGACGUAGAUUUUUUUCCUUAUAGAAACCUUUGGCGCAACUUUCAGGGACCUUGUCGGAGGCUCGCAACUUCUCUGCAGAUACAUGUGAGAGUUGAGCAUUAAAAUACCUGACAACUAUUAUUAACAGCUAACCGUUUAAUGGGGCUAAGUCGCGAGGAUAUAUUGUUGUAAAGUUCAGUGCGUUUACCCAUACACAAAAUGCUCCUGUAGAGUUAUGAAUUUCAUCAGGGAGCACUAAUUACGAUCGUUUUAGGGUGAUUUUUGCAUAAUAGCAUUAAAACGUUAUUUCAAGUUUCAAGCCAUGUUUAUACGCUUGUCAUCCAUAAAAAAAAAAACAAACAAACAAACAAAAAGAAAAAAAACAGACUAUAGGAAACAGUUCCAAUGCGUAAAUAUAGUCUUAAAAGACAAAUCUGGACCAUUAAUACUUAUGGAAUUCGAUUAAUGCGAAACCUGAUCGUUUCAGAUUUUCAACUAAGAGAUUGGAAAUAGCACAACUUAGCCCCUUUUACAGGGUCACCCAACGACGGGGUCCUCCUAAAUGCAUUGAAAACACUUUUUCGCUUAUCCAGUGUACUUUCAAAUCUCUAGAAAUGCAUUCUAAGCGGCGCUAUAAAAGUUGUAUCUGUUCGGUCGUCCUAGGGCAACUUGAAUCUUUUCGAAGUUACUUAGGGCCUCAGUAUUAUUUUCCCGAAAAUUUUNAAAAAAAAAAACAAACAAACAAACAAAAAGAAAAAAAACAGACUAUAGGAAACAGUUCCAAUGCGUAAAUAUAGUCUUAAAAGACAAAUCUGGACCAUUAAUACUUAUGGAAUUCGAUUAAUGCGAAACCUGAUCGUUUCAGAUUUUCAACUAAGAGAUUGGAAAUAGCACAACUUAGCCCCUUUUACAGGGUCACCCAACGACGGGGUCCUCCUAAAUGCAUUGAAAACACUUUUUCGCUUAUCCAGUGUACUUUCAAAUCUCUAGAAAUGCAUUCUAAGCGGCGCUAUAAAAGUUGUAUCUGUUCGGUCGUCCUAGGGCAACUUGAAUCUUUUCGAAGUUACUUAGGGCCUCAGUAUUAUUUUCCCGAAAAUUUUAGAUGCAAUUUUAGGUUUUACGAAAGUGAGAAUUUUUCUGAUUCCUGUCUCCAUCGCAUUUUCGAAUCCGAAAAUUUUAGAUUCCUCCUUCUACGAAAAAUAGGCUAACUUGGGGACUGAAAUGCGAAAAACUUAACUUUAGAAAAUCGUAGGGAAUUUAUUAGAUAAGCGCGCGCGGCGAAAACUGUACAUGAAUGGAACGGCCAUCUAGAAAUUUUUAGCCUUCCUCAAGUAAUAGAAAAUUGUAGGCAAUUUUUGCUUCUCCGAACAGAUAUUUUACAGAAAACAGUCGUUGGGUGCCCCUGCUUUAAGCCCUGGUUAACAUGCAGUUUGAACAUAUUUUAAUCUUUUAGUUACCUUUUUUUGCUAGGGCUGUCUGACCUUGAGAAAGAUGAAGCAUUUAAAGGUUUCAAGUCUGAACAGGGGCUAUUGGAAGUAAAGCAACGUGGUGCCUAUUACAUCUAUGCGCAAGUGUUUUUUGAAAUCUACCAAGACGGCCCUGAAUAUCACAACCGUGUGGCAAUAACUGUAAAUGAGGAACCGUUUGCCUUGAUGCAAACAGGGCUCGGAAACAAAGCUGAAAAUGGCAGCGUUUACACAGGUGGAGUUAUCCGGCUGAAAAAGGGCGAUAAGAUCGGCUUGAAAACCGUUUACGAAAGCAGGUUGUGGCUAUCAGCUAAUCAUACCUUCCUCGGUGCAUAUAAAAUUGGAGGGUAUUGA